AUAAUGUUUAAAAAAUUGGAUUUAUUAUUCAAUCUAACCUUGUACUUACUUGCGUGCUCAGCCACAUGCCGUUCCAAAGAUUCGUGGAAUCCGGCCGCAUUGCCUACGUGAGCGAUGGCCCACACUUGGGCAAAUUGGUUGCAAUUGUAGACAUCAUUGAUCAAAAUAGGGUUUUGGUCGAUGGUCCCUCUACAAAUGUUCCACGCUGUGAGAUGAGGUUAAAUCAGUUGCAUCUUACUAAAUUCCGAUUAACCUUCCCAUACACUGGAUCUACUCGUGUUGUACGUAAAGCUUGGGAAGCUGCAAAGAUCAAUGACUUGUGGAAAGAAACUAUGUGGGCGAGAAAGGUUGAAGCUAAGAAGAAGCGCCUGGAGCUCAGUGACUUUGACCGCUUUAAGUUAAGGAAAGCUAGACAAAUUCGGAAUAAAUUGAGGACAGACGCAUUUUAUAGAUUAAAAAAGAAGGUUAAGAAAACAAAGGUUGCAGCAGCAAACAAAACCACGUAAAAAAAAGUGAUUUUUUAUUGUAUGAAAUAAAUACAAAAAUUAUCUUAUAA